AUGGCACGUCCUACUCUCUUAUCAGCAGAGCUAGUGAGCGGUGGCUAUUCCGGGACGAUCUUUACGACAGUUGGUGACCAGUGGAGAAAGAUGAAGCGUGUAUUGGUCUCUAACAUCCUUUCUUCGGAAACUCUCCAUUGGAUGCACGACAAAAGAGCAGAGGAGGCUGAUCAUCUCGUUAACUAUGUCUACAAUGUUAUCAAGAGCAAUGAGGAUGGUGCGGUGAACGUUAGGGCUGUAGCACAACACUUCUGCGCAAAUACGAUUCGAAAUAUGAUUUUUAGUAAGAGGUUUUUUGGCAAAGGGACUGAAAAUGGGGGACCUGGAGUCGAGGAAGAGGAACAUCUUCAUGGCGUUUUUAAUAUACACUCGUGUUUGUACAACUUUUGCAUUUCUGACUAUUUUCCGUUUCUUCGCCGUCGAAUAGAUCUCGACGGGAAUGAAAAGAGAACAAGACAAGCUUUUGAGACUGUGAGGAAAUAUCAUGACCCGGAAAUAGAUAUGAGAAUUAAACAAUGGAAAGAAGGAACAAGAAUAGAGAAAGAUGAUAUUCUCGAUGUUCUAAUCACUCUAAAGGAUGACAAAGGCAACACUUUAUUGACAUCCGAAGAGAUUAAAGCUCAAAUUUUGGAAAUGGUGAUAGCAACAAUUGACAACCCAUCAAAUGCUAUUGAAUGGGCUCUUGGUGAGAUGAUAAACCAACCAGAGACAUUAAUAAGAGCAGUUCAAGAACUAGACCUGGUUGUCGGAAAGAACCGGCUUGUCCAAGAAUCUGACAUGAACAAUCUCAAUUACAUUAAAGCUUGCCUUAAAGAAUCUUUUCGUCUCCAUCCAAUGGUGGCCUUCAAUCUCCCACAUGAGUCCAUUUGUGACACCAUGGUGUCCGGCUAUUUCAUACCUAAGGGUAGUCAUAUUCUUUUGAGCCGUCCAGGUCUGGGACGUAAUUCUAGAAUAUGGAAUGAACCACUUCGAUUCAAUCCGGAGCGUCACCUUAAAAAUGAUGGCUCACAUGAGAUAUUAAAUGAUCAAGAGCUCCAUCUAUUGUCAUUUAGUAUAGGUCGGCGUAGUUGUCCCGCGGUUAACCUAGGAUCUACCGUGUCAAUUAUGUUAUUGGCUCGACUUCUUCAAGGUUUCACAUGGAGCCCACCUCCAAAUACGACUUGCAUUAAACUUGUGGAGGCUAGUGAUGGGAUGGUUCUUUCCGAGCCUCUACGAGCCAUUGCAAGGGCACGCUUGGAUGAGAGGUUGUAUGCAUCACUUAGUUCGUAA